AUAAUUGCUCAACGAUUUAGUUUUCUUUAGUAGGAAAAUAAUUUUGUUUUUCCCUUGUUAUAAAUAUGAAAGAAGUUGCAUUAUAUUUUUCCAUUCAUAAGUACUAUACUUAUUUCUUUUUAGAUUCCAAUUUGCUUUAUUUCUAUAUAUAUUUUCUUCAAGUUUAAUUAUACAUAUUUUUCUCUAUAAUGGAAGAGGUAGGAAGCAUACUCCACUUUCUUCAAGACAAGACCAUUUUAGUUAUUGGUGCCACUGGUUUUCUUGCAAAAAUAUUUUUGGAGAAGGUACUGAGAGUUCAACCAAAUGUUAAAAAGCUUUUUCUUCUUUUAAGAGCUUCUGAUGACAAAUCUGCAGCUUCUCGUUUGCAGAAUGAGAUAUUAGCAAAGGACUUGUUUAAUUUACUAAAAGAAAAAUUGGGUACAAAUUUCAAGUCCUUUAUUUCUGAAAAGAUAACUCUGGUGGCUGGAGAUAUCAGUUGUGAAGACUUGGGUUUGAAGGAUUCCAUUUUAAGAAAAGAUAUUUUGUCUCAAACAGAUGUCAUUAUUAAUCUAGCUGCAACUACUAACUUCAUGGAAAGGUAUGAUAUCGCAUUGGAUCUAAAUACAUUUGGAGUUAAGCAUGUACUUAACUUCGCCAAAGAAUGUAUCAAAGUUAAAGUGCUUAUUCAUGUAUCAACAGCUUAUGUGUGUGGUGAAGGAAUUGGGUUGAUUCUAGAAAGUCCCUAUGUUUUUGGUGAUUCACUAAAUGGUGUUGCUGGAUUAGACGUGGACGCAGAAAAGAAAUUAAUAACAGAAAAGUUAGGUGAGUUAAGAGACAAAGGAGCCACUGAACGUGAAAUUAAAGGGGCCAUGAGAGACUUAGGCAUGACAAGAGCAAAACUGUAUGGCUGGCCUAACACAUAUGUGUUUACGAAAGCAAUCGGGGAGAUGUUCGUCGAACAAUUGAAAGGAAAUUUAUCUGUUGUUAUUUUCCGACCAGCCAUUGUCACCAGUACAUUGAAAGAACCUUUCCCCGGUUGGGUCGAGGGUGUCAGAACUAUAGACAGUUUGGGUGUUGCUUAUGGAAAAGGAAAACUAUCAUGUUUCCUUGGAGGUCUUGAUUGUGUUGUCGACGCGAUACCUGCUGACAUGGUGGUGAAUGCGAUGCUAGUAGCUAUGGUGGCUCAUGCAAAUCAACCUAGUGAUGAUCAUGCCAUAUACCAUGUAGGUUCCUCCGUCAGAAACCCAUUGAGAUACCUCAAUCUAAAGGAUUAUGGAUUCAGAUAUUUCACAGCAAAACCAUGGAUAAACAAAGAUGGAACCGCGGUUAAGGUUGGAAAAUGUACCGUAUUAACCGACAUGGAUAGUUUCCAAAGAUACGUCUACAUUCGCUACCUUCUCCCGUUACAGGGACUGAAACUGGUGAAUAUAGCACUCUGCCAGUAUUUUCAAGAAACUUAUCUUGAGCUAAACAGGAAGAUCGAAGUUGUGAUGCAGUUGGUGGAACUUUAUAGGCCUUACUUAUUCUUCAAGGGCAUAUUUGAUGAUAUAAACACAGAAAAGUUGCGGUUGGCAGCAAGAGAAGGUGGAACAGAGACAGAUUUAUUUUACUUCGACCCUAAAGAUAUUGAUUGGGAUGAUUACUUUAUGAACACACAUAUCCCUGGUAUUGUCAAGUACAUUUUCAAGUAACACGCCAACAGUUGAUUAAAUUCGAAUUUAUUUUAGAAAGACUGCAUAGCUUUAUUGUGGGUGUGUCUAUCAAAACAAAAUUAUUUAUUAUGUUGCUCAAGGGAUUGUAAUUGAUACUAGCAAGUUGUCAAAUAAGUUUGAAAUUUUAAUUAAUAGUGAUGCCAAAUAUCAUCCUAUGUUUAUAUGUGAUUUCUAUUACAAGUGAUACUUCUUAUUUAUUUCA